GGUUCCACUGUCACGUGACAGAUAAGGCUGCUAAUUUUAUCCAAAAUAAGUUCUGAAAUAACAAUAAGUUCUUAUAGACGAGUACGACGUAUUAUCAUAACUGCAUUUUAUUCGAUAUAACGGCUCUCCUCUUAAUUCACUGAAUUCGUCUGAAGCACAGAAUAUUAUUUUGAAAGUUUGAAGCGGAAGUUCGAGUUUCUUCUUUGGUCUCGCUUGAUACUGACCGGUGAUGAACCGUCUCCCUCCGUCACGGUAACUAAAGAUGGAAUCACCAGAAAACCUGUCCGGUCAGGAAGUCGGUGUGGAGCAGGAUACUACACCGACCUCCGUGGAUGUGGACACUGCAGUGCUGCUGCUGGGAGCGGGAGUAACAGCCGUUACACAUCCGCUGCUGUACGUGAAGCUGCUGAUACAGGUGGGACAUGAACCUCUUCCCCCGACUGUGGGCACAACCAUGUUUGGGAGAAGAGUCUUAUACUUGCCUGGCUUUUUCUCCUAUGCACAUCACAUCGUAAAAGUGGAUGGAAAGAGGGGACUCUUCCGCGGCCUCUCACCUCGUAUCAUUUCCAGUGCCAUCUCUACCAUGGUUCGGAGCAAAGUUAAACAGCAGGUGGAGCUUCUGUUCAAGAGAGAUGAGCUGCAGACUUCACUCAGGAGAGUGGUCAAAGAGACCACACAUGAAAUGAUCAUCCAGUGCCUGUCCAGAGUCGCCACUCAUCCUUUCCAUGUUAUGUCAGUGCGGUGUAUGGCCCAGUUUGUUGGCAGAGAGGUCAAGUACGGAGGGAUGUUCAGCUGUAUUGUCAGGAUUUUUAAGGAGGAAGGAGUUUCUGGAUUCUAUGUUGGUCUCAUACCCCAUGUGCUGGGAGAGGCGCUCUUCCUGUGGUGUUGUAACCUCCUGGCUCACUUUAUUAACACCUACGCUGUAGACGAAAGUUUCAGUCAGGCCUCAGCAGUAAGAAGCUACACUAAGUUUGUGAUGGGAAUUGCAGUGAGUGUUCUGACGUAUCCGUUCAUGCUGGUGGCCGAUCUGAUGGCCGUCAACAACUGUGGCCUGGUUGCAGGUCUUCCUCCUAACUCUCCCAUCUUUAAGUCCUGGAUGCACUGCUGGAAUCACCUGAGCCGAAAGGGUCACCUCUUCAGAGGAUCCAGCUUCUUUUUCCGCCGGGUGCCUGUGACCUCCCUGCCCUCCAUCGAGGACUGACAUCAUCAACAUAUUCACUUGCUGGGAUGUUCGUCCUCUUCCUGCUAGGAAAGAUUUUUUCAGACACCCCAUUCCCCCUGUCAGCCUCUGAUGUAGCAGGAGCAGCGGAGACGGCGCAGCUCGUGGUGCCAACAAACUUUUGGUUACAGGAGCUUUAGUUCAGUUCAGAUGAGGAAGGAGGUUGUUACAGUGUUUUGUUCUUGCCUGCAGUGACUACAGCUCUGAUCUCAUAGCUACGUCUCCAUAGCAACAGCUGCUGAGGCUCAUGGGUACUGCAGUAAUUAAUGCUGUCACACAAACCACAUAUUCCUGAUGAUUAUUAUCAUCAGAUAUAUGAUAUAUAUCAUAAUAAUAUGGUCAGUGUUGGAGCACUUCCUGUUUCUGAACCUCAUCGGGUCAGUGAUGUCAUCAAUGAUCCUGAUUCUGUGUUGAAGAGGAGCCUGAAUUUAACCUUUCAAAAAACUAGACCACCCACCUCACCACCACCCACCGGUCCUUCACAUCAACCACUUUGUUUUCCAUUAAUUUCCUCGCAGUUUAAAAGUCUUACACUCUUUAAACCUGUUUGAGAUGCGUCAUCCACCACUGCCAGUCACAUUAUCAGAGGUUUAAAUCAGUCUGUGAUUGAGCUACAUUAUUAUAGAAAUGUUUGAUUUUAGUGAAUUAUGUGCUUCAACACUGCAGGUUUGGAUCAUACAGGACAAACUGAAGGUUCGUUGUUUCACUGCAGUUCAAAACAGUGUCUUUGUUUCUGUUCAUGGAAAAAGUGUCUGUCACAAAGUGUUUCCUAUUUUUUUAAGUUUAAAGACGAUUUAAAAACCAUGAGCACAUUGGAGAAAACACACACUUAAAUAAAUAUAUAAAUAUAUAUAUAUAUAUAUAUAUAUAUAUACACACAUACACACACAUAUAUAUAUAUAUAUACACAUAUAUAUGUACAUACACACACAACUGAGUCUGAGAUCUCUUUAAGACCCCUCUGUAUGUGUAUAUAUAUAUAUAUAUAUAUAUAUAUAUAUAUAAGUAUAUAUAAGUAUGUAGAUGUAUACACUACUUUCUUACAUUUUAAUUUCACACCCUGAAGUUUUAAGAAUUUUUGUUUUUAAAAUAUUUUUGUGCUACAACCUUUUCUAAUUCCAUAACAGAGUGUUUUUUAUUUGUCAGCCUAAAACCUACAGGUGUUCUUAUUGGAUGAUGUCUGUUCCCUGACGGCCAAUUACACGCAUGUUCAUGUUUUGACUCCAGGCUGUGAUUUGUGUUGUGGUUGCUCUGCCCACUCAUUCUUCUUCUGUUGUGAAAAUAAAAUCUUUCCUGUU